AUGGACGAAGGUCCGUCAGAGUGCGACGAUGAUGACUCAUUGUCGGAUGGUAGUGAUAAAACAUUAUACGAUUUGGGUUCAAGCAUUGCAAAUGCUAUGAACACAAUUUAUAAUGAUCAGCACUAUGUAUUUCCACAAAAUACACGUACAAUUGCAGUGAAUAGUGAUGCUAAUAAAAUUAUUAACAACAAAAACAAUGAAUUAGUGAGCAAAUCACUUAGUGUUAAAAAAGGUGUUGUCAGUAAAAGCAAAGUUAACAAGAAUGGUAUGUCAGAUAGUGUGAAAAAAGUUAAUUCACAAAUACUGAUAAAUACUAUCAUAAAUCAAGAAAAUACCAAGAUAACAAAUAAUAUAAAUAAUACUAAUACAGAUAAUACAUGUAAAAACUUGAAUGAAAUGAUGGAAAAUGAAACAGUUAUACCUGCUGAAAUAACUAACGAUUCUUCAAACAUAAAUUGCACCAGUGUAAAUGUGAGGAAUAAUAAUAAUUCAACUACAGAAACAAUUCAUGACAUGGAUAUAAGUGAACCAUCAACAUCUUCAGAUAAUCAAAUGCACAGUAAUGUACACAAUGUAAAUGACAAUAAUAUGGUUUUUGCGGACCAUAACAUAUUCAAUCAAUUAUUACAUAAUACUACAGGACCAGAAGAAGAUUUUAACCUAAUUCAAAAACGAAAGUCAAGAAAUAAUGGUGCAAAUAAUACAAAUCAUGUAUCAGAUAUUCAUCAAAACCAAGUUAAAAUGCCACCAAUUAUAAUCAAAAGUACACCACCUAACCGUCACUAUAUAUGGGAACUACAAAAGUUAUGUAAGACUCAAAUGCUAUCUCAAUAUCGAGGUAUUAAUAACUACUUAAUUACAACAACUAGUGAUGAGGAUUACAAUACGGUCUUAAAAAAAUUAAAUGCCGACGAGAUUCAAUAUUUUACUUAUCCAAAAACUGGUAAUACCAAGAAGAAGAUAGUUGCAAAGGUCCACAUAAUAAUACUACAACCCGACCAAGAAUUGAAUGAAAUUAAAUCUCUAAAUCAUAUAAUGGGACACAAGGUAACAUGGGAACGCCUGAUAUACAAUCCACAUCAUGUACCACAAUGUUAUAGAUGCCAAAAGCAUGGACACACUUCACCAUUUUGUAAUAUGAAAUUUCAAUGUGUAAAAUGUACCAAGGAACAUGCUCCUGGAAAAUGUGGAAAAACAGCAGAAGAUAAACCUGAAUGUGUAAAUUGUUUUAAAGACCACCCGGCUAAUUAUAAGCUCUGUGAAACUUUCCAAAGAUAUUGUGCUAGGCGUGGCAUAAACAAUAACAAUAAUAAUAAAGGUAAUUUAAUUCCUGCUCCGGCUCCUCCUCCAUUAACAAAAUCCUUCUCAGAAUCAUUAAACAGAAAUAACUUUCCUAAUCUUCCCAAUACUAAUACGACUACUAAUAUAAUGAAUACGCAAAAUUCAUCUAGACAAACACCUGUAUCUGCCAAAUCUCAUUAUCCUGUUCAAAACUCAGAAACUAACAUUAGUAGCAUAUUUGAAAACAUUAAUGAAAUUCAUGAACUAUUUACAGAUAGCACAGUUGUCAAAACUUUAAAUGUACUACUUAAAUUGUCCAAAGAAAUCAAAAAAUGUAACACAGAUAAAGAAAAACAAUUAUUGGUAUUUCAAUGUUUUAUGUCAUUAUGCAUAUAA